AUGACUGCUGGAUCCCAGAUGAAUUGUCCCUUCCUGAAUCCCAUAUCUGGUGCUCAUCUGUUUGACCUUGGCUUACCAGGAAUCCUCUACUCCUGACUACAUCCCCAUGCAUCUGCCUGCUCCCCAAGUACCUGUGCCCUUCCCCCGACGGAACCCAGGAGAACAGGUAAUGGCAGCUGUUCCUCUAACAUUGAUGGCAAAUCAAUCCCAGGAAGCAGUGACAUUCGAGGAUGUGGCUCUGUAUUUCACAAGGAAGGAAUGGACACAUCUGGAUCCCACUCAGAAGGCUCUCUACAGGGAUGUGAUGCUGGAGAAUUAUGGGAACAUGGUCUGGCUGGGAUGUUCAGUUUCCAAACCUGACCUGAUUUACCAGCUGGAGCAAGGAGAAGAGCCAUGGGCCUUGGAUCUGCAAGGAUCCAAGGAAAGAGAGGAGACCCUGAGAACCUCCUACACAGGGGAAGGAUUUCCAGUUUCCAGAUUUAAUGUGAUCUCCCAGGUUCUAAUGAAUAUGCCAUUGUAUGAAAAACAGGAAUUUUCCAAAGAUGUAGGUUUCUAUGGGAAGACAAAGGAAGUACUUAUACAAGAUUGUCCUCAGGAACCUGGUUUUACAGAAGAAGGAGAAUUUGAUGGAAAACUUAAAAGUCAACAAGUAAACUGCACAGGGGGUAUUUUGAGGAAAUCCUUUCCCCAGGAGACUGGUUUCAGAAAAAUGACUAAGACUCAUAAAAAAAUAUCAGUAGGAAGAGCCCGAGCAUGUAAUCAAUUUGAGAAGAAUUUUGGUCAGAAUUCAAACCAGACUAUUCACCAAAAAAAUUCUAUGAAAGAGAGGACCCACAAAUGUGCCACCUGUGACAAAAGUUUCAAAUACAAUUGUGACCUUAUUCAACAUCAGAGAAUUCACACUGGAGAGAAGCCCUAUAUUUGUGAUGAAUGUGGAAAAAGUUUCAGUCGUAGCUCAUUACUUACUCGACAUGAGAGAACUUGCACAGGAGAAAAACCUUAUAGAUGUAAUGAAUGUUGGAAAAGCUUUAGUCAAAGUUCACAUCUUAUUCAACACCAGAGAACUCAUACUGGAGAGAAACCUUAUGAUUGUAUUGAGUGUGGUAAAAGCUUCAUUCAGAGCUCACAGCUUAUUCAGCAUCAGAGAAUUCAUACUGGAGAGAAACCCUAUGUAUGUAAAGAAUGUGGGAAAGGCUUCAGUUCAAGUUCCCACCUUACUCAGCAUAGAAGAAUUCAUACUGGAGAAAGACCCUAUGGAUGUGAUGAAUGUGGGAAAGCCUUUAGUCAAAGUUCACACCUUAUUCUACAUCAGAGAACUCACACAGGAGAGAAACCCUACAAAUGUAUGGAAUGUGGGAAAUGCUUCAGUUGUAGCUCACACCUUGCUCAACAUCAGAGAAUUCAUACUGGAGAGAAACCUUUCAAAUGUAAUGAAUGUGGUAAAGCUUUUUGUUUGAACUCACAACUUAUGAGACAUCAGAGAACUCACACAAUAGGAGAAAAACUCUAUAAAUGUAAUGAAUGUAGCAGAGCCUUCAGUCAGAGUUCACACCUUAUUCAACAUCAGAGAAUCCAUACAGGAGAGAAACUCUAUGGGUGUGUUCAGUGUGGAAAAGCCUUCAGUAGAAGCUCAAACCUUAUUAGGCAUCAGACAACUCAUACUAGCGAGAAACUCUUUACAUGUCAACAGGAUUCUGAAAUAAAGACUGAGAACAAACAGUCUAAUGAAAAAGGGGAAAUUUUAGAAGAUGAACAAUCCCAUGUAGCAAUCUUAGGAAUUUUCCUAAGGGAUCUUCCUCAGGGACCUGAUUUUGGAGAAGAUUGGGAAUGUGGGAGAAGGCUACAGAAACAGAGGAACUGUCUAGAGAUUUCAAAGAAAUCCUUUUCUCAGGAGAGAGAUUAGAAAGUGAUGAUGAUCCACAAAAACCCUCCUAUAGGAGAACAACCUCAACAGUGUAAGGAAUUUGGGAGAAAUUUCCAACUUAACUUAAACUUUGUUAUACAAAAGACAAAUACUAUAGGAGACAGAACCCAUAAAUGUGAUACCUGUGGGAAAAGCUUCAAAUUUAACUCUGACCUUAUCUAACAUCAGAAAAUUCAUACUGGAGAAAAACCUUAUGUAUGUGAUAAAUGUGGGAAAACUUUUGGUCAUAGCUCACAACUCCUUUGACAUCAAAGAACUCACACUGGAGAAAAACUUUAUAAAUGUAUUAAAUGUUCCAAAGCCUUCAGUAGGAACUCAAACCUUAUUCAGCAUCUGAGAACUCACACUGGAGAGAAGCCCUAUGAAUGUAAUGACUAUGGGAAAGGCUUCAAAUGCGGCUCACAUCUUGUUCAGCAUCAGAGGAUCCAUACAGGAGAGAAACAUUACAAAUGUCAUGAAUGUGGGAAAGGCUUUAGUUCAAGCUCUCAUCUUACCCAGAAUUAGAGGAUCCAUACAAGUGAGAAACCCUAUGGAUGUGAGGAAUGUGGCAGAGUCUUCAGUCAGAGCUCACACCUUAUUUUACACCAGAGAAUUCAUACUGGAGAGAAACCCUAUGAAUGUGAUGAAUGUGGGAAAGGCUUCAUUUGUAAUUCACAUCUUGCUCAACAUCAGAGAAUUCAUACAGGAGAGAAACCCUAUAGUUGUGAAGAAUGUGGUAAAGCUUUUUGCUUGAAUUUAUGACUUACUCAACAUCAAAGAACUCACAGUAUUGGAGAGAAGCUCUAUAAAUGUAAUGAAUGUGGCAAAGCCUUCAGUCAUAGCUCACAUCUUGUUCAGCAUCAGAGAAUCCAUACAGGAGAGAAACUCUAUGGGUGUGUUCGGUGUGGUAAAGCUUUCAGUAGAAGCUCAAACCUUAUUUGGCACCAGACAACUCACACUGGACAGAAACCGUAUAAAGGUCAACACUGUGGAAAAACUUUUAUUCAGAUCUCUCAACUUGAAACCUAUCAGAGAGUUCACACACAAAAAAUUAUAGUAGUAGAGAAACUUGAGCCAUAAUAUUGAAAAUAUGAUGUCAGAGCUUACUCGAUUCAGCAUGAAAGAAGCAGCAUGUUGUGGUGAAGAAAGUAUUGGAGUUGGAAGCAGAGAGACCCAGGUUCAAGUGCCACCUGUGACAUGUAUUAGUUUUAUAACCAUAGGAGGGUCACUGGACCUCCCUACUCCUCUCUCAUCCUUCAAAUGGGUACAUUAUUACCAUUAGUACUUACUCAACAAGAUUUCCGUGAGGAUUCAAUGAGAUAAGGUGCUUGGCAGACUUAAAAGCACUCUCGAAAUGUCUGUUAAUAUUACUAUUACAAGAGAAUUAGAAUCUGAUUUAUGGCACUUUAGAGGUCACCUGGUCCAGCCCCCUCAUUUCACACACAAAAGGAAUAUUGUGAAUAUAGUGAAUGCAGGCAGGCCUUUGUUGGGUAUCUCAGUCUUUAUUUAGUGGCACUUUGGUUGCAGCAAACAGUAAUCCAGGGAAUAUAAUCAAUGUAGGGAAAAGUUUAGUGAGCCUUGCUAAGCCUACAUAAAUGUAAUGCAUAAUUAUUGUAUUGAAUUGAAUCGAACCAUAACACUCUGGAGCUUUCAGAGUAUGAUUUAAUCCUGGCUAGUGAGUAUUGAAUCCAGGACUCCUCCUUUGGGUUGGGACUCAGGUCUCUGCUGGAUCCAGCACAGCACCACCUCUCUUAGAACAAUUCUUGUGGUGUUUUAAAAAUUGGAAGCCAAAAUCAUAAAGUACAUAAAGUUAUAAAGAUGACUGUCUGAGGGGGGCAGCUAGGUGGCACAAUGGAUAAAGCACCAGCACUGGAUUCAGCAGGACCUGAGUUCAAA